AUGGUCUCGGCCGCCGCCAAGCCUUCGCUCGCUCGUGGCUUGAAGACCAUCGAGUUCUCCGAGGGUAUCCCCGAGAAGGUCUACGAGCGUGAGGACUGGCCUCUCGAGAAGCUCCAGGACUACUUCAAGGGCGAGACUUUUGCCAUUCUCGGUUACGGCUCCCAGGGUCACGGUCAGGGUCUCAACCUCCGUGACAACGGCAUGAACGUCAUUGUCGGUGUCCGAAAGGACGGUGCCUCGUGGAAGGAGGCCAUCGAGGACGGCUGGCAACCCGGCAAGAACCUCUUCCCCAUCGAGGAGGCUGCCGAGAAGGCCACCAUCGCCAUGCUUUUGCUCUCCGACGCCGCCUGCGCCCAGGUGUACGCCUCGGUUAAGGACAAGAUGCCCAACACCCACACCCUCUACUUCUCGCACGGUUUCCAGAUCACCUACCAGAAGGAGACCGGCUUCGAGGCUCCCAAGGACAAGGACAUCAUCCUCUGCGCUCCCAAGGGUUCCGGCCGUACCGUCCGAUCGCUCUUCCUCGAGUCGCGAGGUAUCAACGGCUCCAUCGCCGUCUUCCAGGAUGUCAGCGGCAAGGCUCUCGAAAAGGUCUCUGCUAUGGGUGUCGCCGUCGGCUGCGGUUACCUGUACGAGACCACUUUCGAGCGCGAGGUGUACUCGGAUCUGUACGGUGAGCGUGCCUGCCUGAUGGGCGGUAUCCAGGGUCUGUUCAAGGCUCAGUACGACGUUCUGCGUGCCAACGGUCACUCGCCCUCGGAGGCUUUCAACGAGACGUGCGAGGAGGCCCUCCAGUCGCUCUACCCCCUCGUCGGUGCCAACGGUAUGGACUACAUGUACAAGGCCUGCUCCACCACCGCCCGUCGCGGCGCCCUCGACUGGGCCCCCGAGUUCGAGAAGGCCUGCAAGCCCGUGCUCGAGAAGCUGUACGAGUCGGUCCGCAACGGCAGCGAGACGCGAAGGGCGCUCGAGUUCGGAAACCGCAAGACCUACCGCGAGGACUUUGACAAGGAGACUGACGCCAUCGCCGCCCAGGAGAUGUGGAAGGUCGGCCACAAGGUCCGCGCCCUCCGCCCCGAGAACGCCGCCAAGGGUCUUUAA